CCAGGAGUCCACACUUCUAUUUAUGCUCCACUGUGUACUCGGCGAAAGAUUUUAAGUUUAAAAUGUAUCUGUUCCUGGGAUUGAUGAUCUCGUUUUAUUAUGCAGACUCACAGACUAUCCACCAGACUCCCGCUGUUGUCUCCAGUUCUCCCGGGAAAGAACUGAAACUGAAGUGCACUGUUCAGGGCACUAGUAACCCUGACAUGUACUGGUACAGACAAGACUUCGGGAAGGGGCUACGAUUUAUGUUUUACUCCAGGAGUACAACUCACAUAGAUCCAGAAGAGCCAGUGGAUGGAUUCACCGCCAAGAGGCCGAGUGACUCUGAGUUCAACCUGCACACUUCCAGCCUUCGAGUGGAUCACUCGGCCGUGUAUUACUGCGCCUGGAUAGGGACAGACUGCGAAGCUUACUUUGGAGAUGGGACGAAGUUGGUCGUUUUCGAAGGUGCUAUCAAGGAACCCAGCAUCACUAUUUUUCAACCCUCUCCAGAAGAAGUUAAUAAGAAGCAGAAGGCGACAGUGGUUUGCCUCAUAUCUAACUUCUAUCCAGACAAUGUCAAGAUCACCUGGCUCAUCGAUAAUGAGAUUCAGCAGGCCAAUGACAUAAGGAUUCUGACUGAUCCUAAUUCCAGAUCAGUGGAUGGGAACAAAUCCUACAGCAUCACCAGUCGGUUAAGAUUGGAGGCCCGUGAUUUCGUCCAGCCUAGAAAUGUUGCAUGCAAAGCGGAUCACUAUACUUCAGAAAAAGCGAUGACAUACAAUGCACAUUUGACCAUCAGUGUUACAACCUGUGGUAUUCGUAAAGAAGAAAGAAUCCAAAGCAUGGGAACAGCAAAAUUGACGUACUUGAUCCUGUUCUGCAAAAGCAUCUUGUAUGCAGUGUUCGUGUCAUUUCUUGCUUGGAAAACUAAGAUCUCUUCCAGCAAGCGGUUUGACUGAUCAUCAUAAAGCACUGAACUCAAUGAAUGGAUAAUAGCCGAACACAUGAAAGAGGGAGAAGAGACAAAGCAAGUGAAUUGUGAAUAUCGAUGGGUAACUUUAUCCAGGCCAUUCCUGCUGCAAUCCUGAAACUUUGAUCUUUUCCCUGACUCUCCAACAGUGUUGCUUGAGAUUAUCAGAUUAAAUUUAUGCCUUGACUUGCUUUUUCAACAGAAAUAAUUAUUUCAUAGUCUAAUUUCUUUAAGUGUCUGUGCUUUGAAUAGAUUAAAUUUUGAGGGUGCACCAUUCCCAUUCCAGUCUGUCAUUCAUUAUCAAACGCUAGCCAUUUUAAAAAAAUCUUUAAGUAGAAUUAGGGAGAUUAAAAUGCAAGAGGAGGAUAUUCAAUGAAUCAUCCAUGUGCCUGUUCUUUCAAUGUCAACCAUGAGUUCCAAUAAUUACAAGGCCAACAGUAUCAGUUUCUCUAAUCCAUCUAUGCAGGUGAAUUUCUGCAUGCGAAAUUGCAUUUUCAUAAAGCAAUGUAUAUUAUGAAGUAGUAUAAAGCCUUUUGUAACUUAAGAUCCCUUUAAUGCAACUGUCAAUGCUAAUCACCUCAUAGAUUGCAAUGAAAAUGGAGAUUAGAAUCAUGCAUCAUUUGUAACAGUGUUCAGUAGAUAAAGUAUAGUCAAGUAAUGUGUAAUUUUGUACAUAUUGCUGUUUGUUAAUUGUUUAAGAAAUAAAAAGAACAUUU